AUGACAGCCAAUCGGACCCUCUAUCUGACCUUUGUUGCAUCCGCCACUCUUUUUCUCUACGCAAUAUUCCAUCAGUGGGGCAGCGUAACAGCAGAGACCAUCCAAGAGAAACUGACAUCUCAUCGCGAUCACGCUCAUCGAGGAAGCAGCUUUGGCGAUGAAGCUGUAGCCGGACGCCCGGACUUUGAACAGAUAGCGCGAAAAUAUGGCACAGACAAAGUCACCACUCACAAAUACCAAUUCAUGUACGACAAGUACCUGUCGGGUAUCCGAGACGACCAGUUGAAGGUCUUGGAGAUCGGGCUUGGCUGCAACAUGGACUAUGGCCCCGGAGCAUCCUAUUACACCUGGCUCGAAUACUUUUCCCACGUAAAUCUCUACUUUAUCGAGUACGAUGGACAGUGCGCCGAAAAAUACCAGGACAAAACCGCCAAUGCACAAGUCUUCAUCGGCGACCAGGCAGACACUCUCUUCCUCGCAAAGUUUUCCGCAGAAGCAACCACAGACGGGUUAUUUGAUAUAAUAAUAGAUGAUGGCGGGCACACGAUGGACCAGCAGAUAACAUCCCUAGAGUUUCUCUGGAAAACCGUCAAGCCAGGUGGUUUAUACGUGAUUGAAGAUCUACAAACUAGCUACUGGGAGUCUUUUGGUGGAAACCCUUUGGGAAGGAGCUCAUCUAAAGAGACCACAAUAACUUACUUGUAUCAACUAGUCGACGACUUGAUGAUUGGUAAAAACGCAAAGAAAAUCAGCCAUGAUUUACUUUCCAUCGACUGCAUGGCGGAGAUUUGUGCACUACGCAAGAAGGAGUAUUGAUAAACGAAUCAUGACUGAUCCAGACAACUACAAGAC